AGAGGGAGGUCUGUGGGUCACCGCUCUUCUCACGCUCUGGAAUCCAAAGCAGAGAGGUCUGGGGACUCCCAGGGACCGCAAUAUGGCCCCAACCACCUUGUCCGAGCAACUUCCCUAGAGAGACCACACCCAGUCUCCCCCGCUGCAAUCGGGGCGCCCCGGGCGCCAGGAGCGCAGGCUGCGGACCAGGGCGGGCACGUGGGCUCGGCCGCAGUGCUGCGCUAGGUCAGCCCUCCUGUCCGCCCUGGGGGCUCGCACUGCCCGGGCCUCUGGGGAGAGGUUCCUCCCCCUCUGCUCUGCACCAGUCCUAGGGAAUCUGCGGUCGGUGACGCGCAUCCUUCGGCGAGCCACCUGCAGCCCUGGGUGCGCCGCUGGGGCCGCAUCGCAGGCUGGGCCGGCGGCUUGGGUACCGCGCGCUCCGGAGGCCAUGCGGGUGUUGGCGCGGCGCGGCGGCCGACUGCCGCUGCUCGCUGUUUUGUCAGUGAUGAUGCUUGAGACCAUUACAGACCAAGAUCUGCCUGUGAUCAAGUGUGUUUUAAUCAGUCAUAAGAACAAUGGCUCAUCAGCUGGAAAGUCGUCGUCAUAUAUGAUGGUGCCAGACUCCCCGGAAGACCUUGGGUGCACACUGAGGAAUCGCAGUGCUGGGGUGGUGUACGAAGCCGCCACUGUGGAGGUGGCCGAGUCUGCGUCCAUCACACUGCAAGUACUGGUCACCACCCCAGGGGACAUUUCUUGCCUCUGGGUCUUUAAGCACAGCUCCCUGGGCUGCCAGCCACACUUUGAUUUACAAAACAGAGGAAUCGUUUCCAUGGCCAUUUUGAACGUGACAGAGAGCCAGGCUGGAGAAUACCUACUGUAUCUACAGAGUGAAGCCUCCAACUACACAGUACUGUUCACAGUGAGUAUACGAAAUACGCAGCUGUACGUGCUGAGAAGACCUUAUUUCAGGAAGAUGGAAAACCAGGAUGCACUGGUCUGCGAAUCGGAGAGUGUCCCAGAGCCCACUGUGGAAUGGGUGCUAUGCAGUUCCCACGGGGAGAGCUGUAAAGAAGAAAGUCCAGCUGUUGUCAGAAAGGAGGAAAAGGUACUUAACGAGCUAUUCGGAGCCGACAUCCGGUGCUGUGCGAGAAAUGAACUGGGCCGCGAAUGCACCAGGCUGUUCACCAUAGAUCUAAAUCAAACUCCUCAGACCACACUGCCCCAGCUAUUCCUGAAAGUGGGGGAACCUUUGUGGAUCAGGUGCAAGGCCAUCCAUGUGAACUAUGGAUUUGGGCUCAGCUGGGAGCUAGAAAACAAAGCCCUCGCGGAGGGCAGCUACUUUGAAAUGAGCACCUACUCUGCAAACAGAACCAUGAUCCGGAUUGUGCUGGCUUUCGUGUCCUCUGUGGGAAGAAACGACACCGGACAUUAUACCUGCUCUUCCUCAAAGCAUCCCAGCCAGUCAGCGCUGGUGACCAUCCUAGAAAAAGGAUUCAUAAAUGCUACCAGCUCACGAGAGGAGUAUGAAAUUGACCCAUAUGAAAAGUUCUGCUUUUCAGUCAGGUUUACAGCCUACCCACGGAUCCGAUGUACGUGGAUCUUCUCUCAAACGUCAUUUCCUUGUGAACAAAGCGGUCUAGAGGAUGGAUACAGCAUAUCUAAAUUUUGCGAUCACAAGAACAAGCCAGGAGAGUACAUAUUUCAUGCAGAAAAUGAUGAUGCUCAGUUCACCAAAAUGUUCACGCUGAAUAUAAGAAAGAAGCCGCAGGUGCUAGCGAAGGCCACAGCCAGCCAGGCGUCCUGCUCCUCUGAUGGAUACCCGUUACCCUCUUGGACCUGGAAGAAGUGUUCCGACAAGUCUCUCAACUGCACUGAGGAAAUCCCAGAAGGAGUCUGGAAUAAAAAGGCUAACAGAAAAGUGUUUGGACAGUGGGUAUCGAGCAGUACCCUAAAUAUGAGUCAGGCUGGAAAAGGGUUUCUGGUCAAAUGCUGUGCGUACAAUUCCAUGGGCACGUCUUGUGAGACCAUCCUUUUAAACUCACCAGGCCUCUUCCCUCUCAUCCAAGACAACAUCUCCUUCUACGCGACGAUUGGCCUCUGCCUCCCCUUCAUCGUCGUCUUAACUGUGCUGAUCUGUCACAAGUACAAAAAGCAACUUAGGUACGAAAGCCAGCUGCAGAUGGUCCAGGUGACCGGGCCCCUGGAUAACGAGUACUUCUACGUUGACUUCAGGGACUACGAGUAUGACCUCAAGUGGGAGUUUCCAAGAGAAAACUUAGAGUUUGGGAAAGUCCUGGGGUCCGGUGCUUUCGGGAGAGUGAUGAAUGCGACAGCCUAUGGGAUUAGUAAAACGGGAGUCUCGAUUCAGGUGGCAGUGAAAAUGCUGAAAGAAAAAGCGGACAGCUGUGAGAAGGAGGCGCUCAUGUCCGAGCUCAAAAUGAUGACUCAGCUGGGUCACCAUGACAACAUCGUGAAUCUGCUGGGGGCAUGCACGCUGUCAGGGCCAGUGUAUUUGAUUUUUGAGUACUGUUGCUAUGGCGACCUCCUCAACUACCUGAGAAGUAAAAGAGAAAAGUUUCACAGGACAUGGACGGAGAUCUUUAAGGAGCAUAAUUUCAGUUUUUACCCCGCUUUCCAGUCACAUUCAAAUUCCAGUAUGCCUGGUUCACGAGAAGUUCAGAUACACCCGGCCUUGGAUGUCUCAGGGUUCAACGGGAAUUCACUUCAUUCUGAAGAUGAGAUUGCAUAUGAAAACCAGAAGAGGCUGGAAGAAGAAGAAGAUUUGAAUGUGCUGACGUUUGAAGACCUUCUUUGCUUUGCGUACCAAGUGGCCAAAGGCAUGGAAUUCCUGGAGUUCAAGUCGUGUGUCCACAGAGACCUGGCGGCCAGGAACGUGCUGGUCACCCACGGGAAGGUGGUGAAGAUCUGUGACUUUGGACUGGCCCGAGACAUCCUGAGCGACUCCAGCUACGUCGUCAGGGGCAACGCACGGCUACCUGUGAAGUGGAUGGCACCUGAGAGCUUAUUCGAAGGCAUCUACACAAUCAAGAGUGAUGUCUGGUCCUUCGGAAUCCUUCUCUGGGAGAUCUUCUCACUGGGUGUGAACCCUUACCCUGGCAUUCCUGUGGAUGCUAACUUCUACAAACUGAUUCAGAGUGGAUUUAAAAUGGACCAGCCCUUCUACGCCACGGAAGAGAUGUACUUCGUGAUGCAGUCCUGCUGGGCGUUUGACUCGAGAAAGCGGCCCUCCUUCCCUAACCUGACUUCGUUUUUAGGAUGUCAGCUGGCAGAAGCUGAGGAAGCGAUGUAUCAGAACAUGGGGGACAACAUUCCAGAGCAUUCUUCCGUCUACCAAAACAGGCGGUCUGUCAGUAGAGAGGCAGGCUCAGAGCCGCCAUCGCCACAGGCCCAGGCGAAGAUUCAUAGAGAAAGGAGUUAGUGAGGAGGCCUCCAUCCCCGCCCCCCUACACAGGCUGUAGAUCACAGAGCCGAGACUAGCCUCACCUCAGAGGAAGCGCCCUACCGGCUGCUGCUUCGCUGGACUUUCCUCUAGAUGCUCUCUGCCAUUACUCUUGUCUCCAAAGUGACUUCUAGAAAAUCAACUCACCCCCCGCACAGGCAGCAAAAGCCAAUAAUGAGAUUUAUUGGCAAGCCUGCCUACAUCGGGAGGCCUUCCCAGGCUGGCUUGAAGGGGAAACCAUGUACCUGAAAUAUAGUAUAUUCUUGUAAAUACAUAACACAAGACAAAACAAAAUAAAAAACAAUUUUUGCUAAG